UGAAAAAAAUACGUUUCGUUUAUGUUUUCUUUCCGUCCUAUUUUGUUUCAAGUGGGAAAUACACGCGUUCUAAUGCGCGUGGAAGUUGCAUGGCGUGCAGUACUCCAGACGUGCUGUCCAUUUUCAAACGACAACCCGUACCAAAGGCGGUUUGGGCGUUGUGUAGUGCAGCCGAGCUUUGCUAACAACAAUAGAACCAGAUCAAAAUAUGUGGGCUGAAGAAGAACAAUGCAAAAACAUGGCCUCAGUUCUCCUGAACCAUCCUGAAGAUAGCACCUGUGUGGUUCACAGAAGAUAAUACAAACCAGGACUGGCUGUUUUCCAGCUUUCUAUGAACUUGCAUCAAUGAUCAUGCAAUCGGACACGGACCCACCAGCACCAGAGGUGAACAACCCCCCUCCACCCGAGGUCACAAAUGCCAAUAAAUUGGGCCGAAGGACCAACCAGCUUCAGUUCAUACAGCGUGUUGUGGUCAAGGCUGUGUGGAGGCACCAUUUUGCCUGGCCUUUUUACCAUCCUGUUGAUGCUGUGGCUCUUAACCUACCUGACUAUCAUACCAUAAUAACAAACCCAAUGGACUUGGGAACUAUCAAAAGACGGCUUGAGAAUAACUACUAUUGGAGUGCGAGUGAAUGUUUGCAGGACUUCAAUACUAUGUUCACCAACUGCUACAUUUAUAACAAGCCUACAGAUGAUAUUGUGCUAAUGGCUCUCGCCUUGGAAAAGAUUUAUUUGCAAAAAGUUGCACAGAUGCCUCAAAAAGAAGUGGAGCUGUUAGCGCAUGCAACCAAAGGGAAAAACAAAGGUUCAGGUCAGCAAGAGGCAACUACAUCUUUGUCAGCCAAACCGCAGGCACCGACAAAGCACACGGACUCCAAUUCCCCUUCAAAACAAAAAGAGGCUUCACAGUCCAACACUAAGAAAGGCCCAAAGAAGAGCAGUUCAGUUUUUCAUGCACGGCUGAAUGAGUCUCCAGAAAGCAAGAGAAGACGGGAAAUCCCAGACCAUCCCACCCUCCUUUCUGUCAGCGAAAAAGACUUGGCGCUUCAAGAUGGUGAGACGAUCCAACUCCGGUACUGCGAGGAAAUCCUGAAGGAAAUGCUCUCGAAGAAGCAUGUAACGUAUGCCUGGCCUUUCUACAAACCUGUGGACGCUGAAGCUUUGCAGCUGCAUGACUACCAUGACAUCAUUAAAUACCCAAUGGAUCUUAGUACUGUCAAGGCAAAAAUGAAGAGAGGAGAGUACCAGGAUGCUCAAAGAUUUGCUGCGGAUGUCAGGUUAAUUUUCUCUAACUGCUACAAAUACAACCCACCGCACCUUGAAGUCGUUGCCGGGGCCAAGAAGCUUCAGGAUGUGUUUGAGAAAAGAUUUGCUAAAAUUCCGGACGUUCCCAUCAAGGGCACGUCACAGGGGAUCUACGGUCCGGUUCUUAGUGGACUGAGUGCCACGGUCUCUUCCACUUUGGACAAAUCUGACGAACAAGUCAACCCGCUGCCAGAGUUGCAACAACAGCUUAAAGAUGUUCACAAGCAUCUUAAUAUCCUCUCGGAAGUCCCACCAAGGAAGAAGGCCGUCAGGAGACCAAGUAAAGAGCGCACUGACAGUGUUCAUAUCGAUAGCUACAGAAAGUCAAAGAAUCAUGGUUCUGACUGUGAUGAAGAAUCUCUGCAAAUGACGUACGACGAGAAGCACCAACUGAGCCUCAACAUAAACAGACUAUCUGGCGUAAAACUGGGCCAAGUGGUGCGUAUCAUUCAGAGGCGAGAGCCUACAAUAUGUGAAGCCAACCCAGACGAGAUCGAAAUCGACUUUGAGAUACUUAAGCCGUCAACGCUGCGCGAACUGCAACAAUAUGUCCACACUUGUCUAUCCAAGAAGUUUAAGAGAUUUCAAAAGACGAGGUGUCUAGUUGGGUCUCAUCAGAUGGAAAGCAGCAGCUCCUCAGAUUCCUAUUUCAAGAGUUCUUUGGACUCCAGUUCAGAAAAUUCAGACUUUUGACCGCGUCAAUAGUUUUUAUCCUUUUACUUCUACAGAUUAUGUAUAGUACAGUAUAUAUUAUUUUGAUAUGUUUUAAUAAACACCUUUUUACAUGU